AUGGACCUGAACCUCCUCCAGGCGAAUAUCAACCACUGCGCCAGAGCUCAGGACCUCCUUUUCCAGAGCAUGGCGCAGUGGUCGAUCCACGUAGCCGUGGUAGCUGAGCCCUACCGCGUCCCUUCUGGGGAUAAUUGGGUGGGAGAUACGGACGGAGUUGUAGCCAUGACGUCCCGGUCCAUAGUGGGCUCCCCGGCCUUCGUUAAUGUAGUGCGAGGUCGGGGAUACGUCUCGGCCUUUAUUGACGACGUAAUGGUGGUUGGAGUGUACUUCUCGCCGAAUAAGAGUCUCGCUGACUUCGAGCAGUUUCUUGCUGAAGUCGGCGUCCUUAUAAACAGAAGACGCUCCUGCCACCCUAACGAGGAGCCUCGGGCGACUGAUUUGAGGUAUCGGUCGCCCGACGAGAAACGUCCUCGAGUCGGGAGGCGCACCGAAUGUUCCUGGUACGCCUCUGACGGAGUUUGGAGACCUCGAAAAGGUCCCCCUGUGGAGGGUCUGCCUCGGCAGACGCCGCUGGCUGGGAUGUGGAAGAUUGCGCAAGUGUUCCCAUGUCCCAGUCACUAG